GAGUUCAGUUCAACCUGGUGAGCGCAGCGUGUUGAACGCUCCGCAAUGUGUUGAGCGGUUAAAUAAGAAAAGUGACGCCUACAACAAGUAGGCAAAAUUCCCAACUAGUGUUCUGCGACAGCUAAUUCAGCGAUUGGCGUUCGAGUGUGGCCAGCUCCGCUCAUUGGCUGUGUGACAUCUUCAGCUGCUGCCGCUGUCAUCGUCCCCGUCGCUGUCUUUUGUGGCAACAUAUGGCGCACAGCAUUGAUGCCCAAAAUGCAGCGGGCUUAUCAUGAGAGCUCUGCGCACCAUCAACUGUGGUGGGCCGAUUAUCAUGGCAAGCAAUGUACAACAACAGCGACAACAGCGGCAGCAAUAUACAACAACUAGAGCGCGACAGCAGCAGCAGCAGCAGCAGCAGCAGCAGCAACAGCAACAGAAACAACAACGACAGCAACAACAGUUGUCCCUGCGUGCUAAGGCGUCGUCAUUGUCGCCCCGCCGUCCCUUGCUAAACGGCAAACGGGCGGCCGCAUCGACGGGGCGUGGCUGCGGCCUAAGCCGCUUAUGCUGCAACCUGGACGCACUGCGGCAAUCGGCGCGUCAGCUGCAACUCGUCUCGCUGGCAGCGCUAACGCUGCUGCUGUUGCUGGUCACACAUUUAGAUUUUGUGCAGGCGGAGGGCAAUGUUGGCUGCCAGUUUGUUAGGACGCUUUGCAUACCCCACUCCGAGGUCUGUUACGAUGACAACAUCUUUGGGAAGUGCAUUCCGACCACUGGAGUUGACGUCGAGGACAUUGAGAAGACACCACUCACCGAGGACCAAUCACGUGUGCUGGCAACCAUGCUGGAGGAGCUGCAGGGCGCCGGCCUAGGCUGGGACCAUCAAUACGUGCAGUGCCGCAUCCAGGGAGCGCUCUUCUCGCUGCAGCGCCAACAGCAGCUGCCGCCGAACCUCUGCGCCAACUUGGCGCCAGCGCCACCCGACUAUGGCGACCCGGCGAGCGCGUUAGCCUAUGUGCGAUUCACGCCGCCGGAGGCGGAGCAGCUGGAGUUGAGCAAUGCGGACUACUUGGAUCAGACGCAGCCCAGGCAGCAAGCGCAAUUCUAUCCAGCGAUGCACAAGAAGCAGCCGCAGGACAGCGGCUUCAAUAGCAUCCUCCAUCAGCUGCAGCUGCAGGAUCGCCGUCGGCUGCGUCACGAUCCCAGCGAGCUGGAGCACUUUGGCAAGCUGGACGGGCACAUGAAGAACUCACAACUGGAGCUUCCGAGCGUGAUGGAUGCGUUUUUGGACACGGAACGGCAACGGAUGGCGAUGCGACUGGCCGAGCAGGACGCCAACUCGAAGGCAGGCAGUCCGCGCAAUCGGCUGGAGCUCUACCAAAUACUGGCCGCCUCCGAGCCCGAUCCGCAGCCCUAUCAGCGCAACCAACAGCCAGCCAAUGCCAUGGACGAGCUGGAGGCGAUUGUGGAGCAGCAGCAGCAGCAGCAGCAACAACAGCAGUCGCAGUCCCAGGACCCGGAUCCGCCGUCGGCCGCACCCGGAUUUCUGCCCGAUGAGCUAAACGAGUCCAGUGAGCUCUAUUUCCCGGACAACUAUGCGCCGUUCAAGCGUCGUGGACAGCAGCUUAAGCACUCCUUCUUCCGCGAAUUGGCCAACGAGCAGGGCCUGGCCCAGGAGCCGUUGGCUCAGCUGGCUGUCCAGCCGGAGUUGAUGAAGCGACGCCCCAGCGACAACGACGUCAAUGUCCAGGAGCAGGAGCUGGCGUUCGAGACCAGCUUGCGCCGCAACUCGCUGACACCCCUGGAGGAGGAGGCCAUGCUGGCAUCCAACAGCUAUCCGCGCGCCCUACACAACCAGCGCGUCUACACGGAGGGUGGGUUGCUGUUGGUGCCGCAGGACGAGCUGCAGCAGGACUCGGCGCAGGCGGACGAGCCAGCGAACAUCAAGCAAGCGCUGCUGGCCAACAUGCUGGGCUUUGCGCGUCACGAGCGACUCGAUGUGAAGAAACCGGGUCCCCAGCUGGGUCCACCGUCCUCUGAGCAUAGCAACCAAGUGGGUACUGAGAAGCCACAGCAUGGCAAGGAUGUCAACAAGGAGGUGCUGCCCGCUCACAUCAAGGGCGGCGAUGUCAACGAGCCGUUCAAGAAGAAGAAGGUCGUCAAGGAGCAGCACUCGGACGAGGAUCAUGCGCCGCACACCGUAGACACUGAAUAUGCACAUGUGUUCGUGAAGAACCCCAUUGACAGUUGGUACGAUGGGCAGCGCAUCAUGAAUGAGCUGGCGCAAAUACUACACAUGCAGGGAUACUUUUCUUAUUUAACCGUUCAACCGCACGAAGUCAGCUUCCGGGUGGACUCAAACAACCCCGAGCGCAAGACGGCCGCUGAUGUAGCUCGCUACAUCAAUGAGAACCGCGGCGUCAAGAACAACAUCCAGCGACGCGUCGGCUUCUAUGUGCUGCACGCCGGCGUCGGCGAUCGGGUCAAGGAUCUGCGCGAUUCGAGCAUCUCUGCGUCGCCCAUUGAGCUGGCCGAGCAGGGGCCGGAUGUGACCCACAUAAUGGCCUACAUGUUCGCCGGUGCAGGCGCCGCGGCUGUGAUUGUGAUCUUUGUGACGCUCAUUCUGAUCAGGCGGCACGAUCGCAAACGCGACAAGCUGGGCGGCCUGCAGACGGGCAUGUCGGGUGCGGAAAGCUGCAGCAAAGACUAUCAAGAGCUCUGCCGCGCACGCAUGGCCGGAAAGAAUGGCAACACAACGACUGGCAGCGCUGGUGGUGGUGGUGUCGGCGGCGGUGCCAAUGCCACCGAUCAGGCCCACAGCGGACGCAUCACCUCGCUGAGCAAGGAGAACGAGGGCCGGCCGCCAUCAUCACGCUCCAGCACAUCAUCAUGGAGCGAGGAGCCAGCGUUGACGAACAUGGACAUCUCAACUGGACACAUGGUGCUGUCAUAUAUGGAGGAUCAUCUGCGGAACAAGGGUCGAUUGCAGCGUGAGUGGGAGGCGCUGUGCCGUUACGAGGCCGAACCUAGCGCCCGAGAUGCCGCCUCCCAGCCGCAAUGCGCCAACUUGAAUCGACCCGGCGCUCCGCUGCCCUACGAUCACUCGCGGGUAGUGCUCAACCAUCUGGCCAAUGCCGAGGGACUGGACUAUGUGAAUGCUUCAACUAUUACCGAUCACGAUCCUCGUGCACCCGCCUAUGUGGCAGCCCAGGGGCCCUUGCCCUCGACCUUGGCGCACUUUUGGCAAAUGAUUUGGGAGCAGGGCGCUGUUGUCAUAGUUGCCCUCUGUCGCCUGCAGGAGAAUGGAGAGGUGGCCUGUGCGCGCUACUGGCCGGAAGAGGGUGCGGAGGUUUAUCACAUCUAUGAGGUUCACCUGGUUAGUGAGCACAUCUGGUGUGAUGAUUACCUCGUACGUUCUUUCUACUUGAAAAACUUGCGCACUAGCGAAACACGCACCGUGACCCAGUUCCACUUCCUGUCCUGGCCGCAGAUGGGCGUGCCGCCGCAAGCGAAGGCGCUGCUGGACUUUAGACGCAAGGUGAACAAGUCGUAUCGUGGUCGCUCCUGCCCCAUUGUGGUGCAUGGCAGCACUGGCGCCGGACGCACUGGCUCCUACAUACUGUUGGAUCUGGUGCUGGGACGCAUGAACAAGGGCGCACGCGAAAUAGACAUUGCCGCCACACUGGAGCACCUGCGGGAUCAGCGAGCUGGCCUGGUGGCCACGCGCCAGCAGUUCGAGUUCGUGCUGAUGGCCGUGGCCGAGGAGGUGCAUGCGAUACUGAAGGCUCUGCCGGCGAACACGUCGGGCGAGAAACGUGAGCUGGACAAGGACAAUGGUGCCACCAAGGAGCCGCUCAAGGAGGACAAGGCACAGGAGGCUGCCGAAGAGGAAGCGCCGACCAGCAGCAGCAAAGCAGCAGCAGCAGCCGCCGCAGCCAAGGAGAAGGGGCAGGCCAAGGAGUCCACUCCCAAGGACGCCAAGGCGUCCGCUGAGCAAAAGAAGAAAUAGGCGCGCAGAUAAAAAGCAAAACAA